AUGUUGCUCAGUUAUGUUCGAUUAUUUAUUGUUUUUCUACAUCGUAACCUUGUUCGUUAUUCAAUAUUACAACAAUAUUUAAUCUUGUCAUUAUUAACUCUUCUAAUUUUAUACCUACUUCGUUUAUGGAUUACUAUUUUUCUACUAUUACCAAUAACAACAUUCGUUACAUAUUAUUUUACAAACAAACUCACUCAAACAGAUAACAGUGAUAAUAAAAAGAAUCAAAAACAACAGCACCACCAAAGAUUAUGGUCAACAAAUUAUUUAUACGAUUUUAUUGUUCAUGCGAGCAUACCAUUUAUUCGUCGUACAACGUUUGCUACUGCUGAAAAGUUAACAACAGCAGUAAACACUAGAGAUGAAAAUGAACACAUUAAUCUUGAGGAAAGUUUAUCACCAUCAACGAUUUUGUCAAUGAAAUAUUCUGUCAAUUCCAAUAAUGACAAAGCAAUUUAUUAUUUACUUCAAAAGGAAUGUGAUACUUAUAUUCGCACAAUCAUCGAAAGAUACGUGAACGCCUGGUAUUACCCAUUAAUCUCCACGGAUCAAGAAUUUCCACAAGGUUUACAAAUUCUAUUAAAUAUUCUGUUAAAUCGCAUAUCGGAUCGUCUCAAACAACUGAAUUAUUAUCAGUUGACAACAAAUUUAUUCAGUCUUCAACAAAUACAUAUGAAUCAAUAUUUAGAAACGUUAGUAUCAUAUCGUAAACUAAUGAAAACAAAUCGAACAACAACAAAGAAUAGAACAUUCAUCAAUGAAUUUGGCGAACUUCAUAUUGCCAUGAAAAAUCAACAAAUUUAUUUAAAAGCAAUUGUUGAAUUAUUAUUUACUGAAUAUCUGCCUGAAACAUUUUUGGCUUAUUCAAGUUCAGCUUGUCGUGAAUUUCUACAGCAAAUUAUUGUUAAUUGUAUUCUAAUGCCCGUCAUUGAUACUAUGUCGAAACCACAAAGAUUAUAUGAUUUUAUUGUUUUACUUUGGGGUAAAGAUAUGCAGAAGGGCGAUAAUAAAGGCGAGCAAAAUCAGAGAAAAUCAGAGAACGCAGAAGAACAUCUACUGUUAAAGAAAGAUGCGGAGGACGAUGAAUAUUCAUCAACAAAUGAAUUAUUUCAAAGUUUACCUUUAUACCAAGAUGAUGAUGCUAAUAGGCUUAUAUCUGAUGCGGUUACCGACGAUAAUUAUACUCCGACAAUUGAUGAUGCUCGACGACUAUCAACAUUGGAAAAGAUUAUUUAUGCCGUGGAGAUCAUAGCAGCUGAAAAAGUCUAUAAUCCAAUAUCUGGUGCUGCUUUUACUGUGUAUGUGAUUCACUGUGAAACAAAAUCUCCAUUUGGUGGUGCAACAAUUCAUAGUUAUGCUGUUCGUCGUCGUUUUCGCGAAUUUCUUAAUCUUCAAAAACGAUUAUUAAAUAAUCCAUUAACUGCUGGUCAUGCACAUGUUUUACGUGGUCCGCAGAACAGUCUUUCAUUAUCAAUGAGAAAUAUGAGUCCAGAACUGGUUCACAAACGAAAAAUUCUGCUUGAUCAAUACUUAAAAACAAUUAUUACAAAUGAAAUAUUAAAUUGUUCACAUGAUGUUUUGGAAUUUUUUGCUUAUAAUUCUGAUGUUAAUGUAUUGUAUGAUUCUCUUACAACUAAUAAAUUACCUGUACCUCGCGUUGAUAAGGUAUUAUUUCGAACAAUUUCUGGCAUGUUUGAUAAAAUUCCUGGAAAACUUAAUAAUUUAAUACCGAAAAAAGAACUGAUACCAAAAGAAAUAUUUCAGUUAAAUUUAUCUAUUGACUAUACUUCUAAUCAACCAGCUUGUCAAUCAAAACAAAAUAUAAGACUGGCAAAACAACCAUUACCAUUAACAAACUCUCUAUUAAAUUUACUCUAUACAAGUUUACAUUCACGUGAAGCAUUUAUUAGUCUUGAAUCUGUACAUACUACUAUUUAUAUAGUUUUUGGUCGUUUUAUAGAACGAUUUCUGACUGAUUUAGUUGAUGAAUUAACAUCUCAGGAAUAUGUUUUACUUUAUUUGAAAAAUUUACGUAGUGAUGUAUUAUGGCCUGAUAAUGAGACAGAUUCUUCAUCCUCAACACAAUCAAAAAAUGGAAAACAUACAGCUUAUGAUGUUUGUUUUAAUAAAAUUCCAGGUUUCUUUCGUCAGAUUAUUGGUCCCGAACACAUUCGUCGAAUUAUAAUUAAUUUUUUACAGUGUAUGAGUUACGAAGAAUUAAAUCGACAUUUUGUUUAUACAUUAUUGGAUGCAUUUAUUGAAGAACUUUUACCAAAUAUUUCAUCAAAAGAUUUCGUAUUGAAAUAUGUACAAUUACAUUCGUCAUCAUCCUCUUAA